CACUGGAGAGGAAGGUGUUUAGAUGUUAAUACACUCACAGUGAGUGUGAGACUUGUGUUCUGUGUGUGAACGUAGAGAUGUUUAUUGUAAUAUUGAUGGCAGACUGACGUUACCAUGGAAGUGCCCUGGAACUUUAGAUUCGGGAUAGUUAUUCUGGGAGACUCGGCAGUGGGUAAAUCGUCUUUUCUGCAUCGCUUUACUGAAGGAACGUUCGAUGAUUCCCGACAGUCUCCGCUCGGAAUUGAUUUCAAGGUUUAUAAUAUGCACCAUGACCCUGAUGUUGUCAUCAAGCUGUUGUUGUGGGAUACCGCAGGUCAGGAGAGAUUCAGGUCCAUCUGCAAGUCUUACAUGAGGAACUCUGUGGGUUGCAUUCUGAUGUUUGACGUCUCACAGCGACAGACAUUCGAUCGCAUAGGCAGUUGGCACCAGGAGGUCCUGGACUACGUGAAACCGAACCCCAUGUUCUUUUUGCUGGUGGGUCAUAAAAGUGAUCUGGCCGUAGGACGCCAGGUCAGGAAGAGCGAAGGAGAGGCUCUGGCUAAAAAACUCAACAUGAUCACAUAUCUUGAAGUGUCUACGAAGGAAAAUCUUAAUGUAAGUGAAGCAUUCGAGACCCUGUCCAGAGGCAUAUAUGACCUUUUCCAGAAAGGCACAAUAGCCACCCGAGAUGACUGGCAUGGGUUAACCGUUGGGGCAACCGUUGAUAAGGAGCCACAAGUGGCCGAAAAGUCCACAUGCUGUAACUUUGGAUGAGAAGUUCUGUCCAAACUUUCAACCAAACUGAAUAAGUAUUGAACAGCCUUCAAUCAAAUGUGAAGACUUAAAGGCACAGUCAGCUAAAGGCUGUCGUGAACAGAGGCAAUUCUCUAAACUACUCUAAACUAAAUGUGAGAAUAUUUUUAGGUUUUUGGUUUGACAAAACAUAAUCCUUCGCUGACACAAUUUAUCCUGUGACUUGCCCAGGAAAAUAAAUUAUUUGGGAUCUUUUUUAGCA